UAUAAUAUUGUAUACUGUUGUAUAUUAUUGUAUAAACUGAAAAUAUGGCUACAUGCGUAAUAUUUUAUGUUUGGACUGUAUAUUUUUGAAAAUUUCCCGUUCUUCGAUUGAUUUACAUUGGAGAUUUUUUGCAGGUUGUUAGGCAGAGACGAUCAAAGAGCUUCUUCAUUUCUGAUUGCCGGAAAAUGAGCUCAUGCAAGCCAGCAAUGGCCACUACUUCUCGUACAACGUUUGGUAGAUCUAUGAAUUCGGCUUCAACUUCAUCUUCGUCGUGUGUGUCCACUGACUCUGUCUACAGCGCGCGAAGUCUCGCGGCUGAUAGAGUGAAUCGCCGGAAGAGAAAGAGUCUGUUGAAUCCGAUCGCACCGCCUCACCUGCGCCGCCGAGCGGAAGCUGUCCUGAGGGUGUUGUCUCAUGGCUCGAUUUCUGAAGUUAGGAUAAGGGAGCAGAUAGGCAAUAGCCCUGAUACCAGCAAAGCCUUAAGAAUGUUGCUGAAGCAAGGAAAGGUGAAGAGGUCAGGUGCAGGGGGUCCCUCAGAUCCCUAUAUUUACUUAAUUAAUUCAGCAAGUAAGCAGUGA